AAAGCUGAAAAACAGUCAAAUAAUGUGAACAAUUGAAGUUAUGCAGUAUGGGUUAAUUGUUGUUCUUGAGCUUUCCAAAUGAAUAAGAACAACCUCUUAACAAUAUCAUCAUUUUUCAAAGCAAGCUAUAUAGUUUGAUCUACUCACCUCUGGGAGCAUGACGUCAAAAACGAAAUCAAGCAGAUGAAUCUCGCCUCUCUUUAUUUUUUUAGAAAUGUUUGUUGCCACCUCAAUGAACCGCAGGAGCUCGAACAUCUAUUGAAGAAAAACACAGAAAGUAAACACCUUUCAAAUGUAACACCCCUGAGAGUAAAAAUACUCAUGAUGGAUGGCAUUUUUACUUACGCGCUGCUCACUCCAACUUAGUGUCCUUAUCUUAAGAUGCUGCUUUAGUCGGAGUGAGGUGGCGGGAUUCCUCCAAAGGAACAUUCUGUUGGAGCGGAUCUUUCCAGACAGUAGAUCAUCGUGUAAUGUCUGAAACCAAAGAGCAAGAGACAAAAAUGUAAUCAUCUGAAAAAGAAACGGUGGCUUUAACAACUGAUAGUGCAUUCAAAAGCAACCUUGAUCUGUGUCUUAGAAAAGACAGCAUGAAUUCCUCAACUGUCAACAGCAUCCUUGAUCCUGCAGAGAAAUAAGAAAAGAGCAAGCCCUCAUUUUUUCAUCCUUUGAGCCUCGUAUUUUUGACUGAUACUAUGUUUCCUUGAUAAAUUAUGUUAUACCGAGGAUGCUCAAUGGAGUCCUCGCACCCGCAGUCAAACGGCUCCAUUUCAAUCCCAGCACAAUCCAGAUGCAGCCAGCCCCUGCACGUCUUGCACUGGACCCAUUUUAUGACGUUUACCUCAGGGUAAAGCAAUCUGAUCAAAUGAGAGACAAACAUAAUAUCAAACAAACACGCUGUCCAAUUGAUUAUACCUCUGCAGCACAUUUGAAUGUAUAAAUAAUUUUCCUGCAUGAUUCGUGCAUUUAAACUAUAUGUAAAAGUGGUCACUUCAUGGAAAAUCACUGAAUAGGCCCCGAUAAUUGCAUUUAUUAAAUUGAGUCUGCAACACACCUCUCUCCUGUGUUGUUCGAUGUCUGGUAGACACAGAAUUGCAUUGAAUCUGCCAUGCACAUUCUUUGGACAUCCGAUACCGUCUGCUUCAUGGUUUCCUUGACAAGGCAAUUUGAAAAGUAACAUCAAUUACCAAAUACAUCGAGACAAUGUUGAUCCAUACAACUGUGUGCAUUUUGAAGGACUCCCACUGAGAUAAUACUGUUUUUACAAGGCAAUUUCCUAACCUCUGUGUCCUGCUGCUCUGCCUUCCUCUUUAGACUGAAGACCGGAGUAUGCUUUCCAGCAAUGAGCUCUUGACAUUCUUUGGUCCAGUGGGCGAAGAUUUUCCCACAACUGUAAUGACAAUAUGUCUUUAAGUACAAUAUAUUGAUUGUCUUCCAGUUAAUUAGGACAUCUAGUUUACUUAAACUGUCUACCUGUUCAAAGAAUUGUUCUCCAGGAGCAACAGGCACCACCAUCGCCGCCAAACAGGCAUGUCAUGCUGAAAUUGUUGUUUGUAUUUCAUUUUAGUGCACAAUACAAAAUACAAUCUUGAGGAUGACACUGCGUGUUGAAAAGUACUUACAACUGAGUAGUCAAACUGUGACUCCAUAACGAUGUACAUGGCAGACUUUAAAAAAAAAUUAUGAGACAACAUGUGAGAUAACUUUAAAAAAGUCCACGUUGGAAAGUUAUUCUAGAUACAAUAUUUGUGCAUUACAGCUCGUUAUGACCUACCAUCAACAUGAAUAUGCCACAGUCUGAGCCGAAGUCCUGGCUGGGGAAGCCCUGAUUUAACAAAAGCAAACGUUAAUCAUCUUGUCACAUACACUUUGUAGGAGCCAGAUUGGGGUUUUGCAGUUUAUUGUUAUGUAUUUUUUGUGCCAGCAGAUGGUGCUAUUGUGCCCGUCUAUUUAAUGGGUGGGUUGAUUAGGAGAGGUGCGCACAUAAAAUGAUGAAUGAGUAAAUAAAUCAAAACAACAGAAAAUGUGUGUGACAUGUGACAUUAUUCCACCUGCGGGCACGCAUCAACUCAAGCAAAAAGGUGUUCGCCACAAGUAACAGCAUUGGAAAGCUGUUAUACACUUUUCAACUGUAAUAUAGAGCAUGCACAAAUACCUCCAAAUCUCUGCCCGUUUUCUCAGUCCAUUGCCCAGGACAUAUCUUCUGCGCAAUGUUCCUGUUAAUUUGAGAGCGUCACUUAGAUUUCCCAUGAUGGAAACAAUGGAAUGCAGGGUUAGGGUUAGUUUGAGUGGUCGGAGGUGAGAUUGAAUGAAUGCGGACGGCUUGCUUCUUUUCAAACUUCCUGAGAGUUCUUCUUCUUCUGUAAAUUUUGCCGUCAGAAAGUGUAGGUACAUACCGCCACCUACUGUUCUGGCAUCGCAAAGCAGAAGUUCAAAGUUCAUGUUUUGGGUCCGCCAAUCGGAGGUAAUGCGGAAACUUAUUGCGUUUUGUAAAUGUGUUUUUUUAUCUUUGGGUCCGCCAUCUUGGCGCUGCAUCUGGGUACUCUUGAAAGCCUGUCGUGUAGUACGUCAAUAUUUCCGACACUCCACAUUGUAACUGAACGCAGCAGUAACUACCAUCAAAUAGUGAUGUAACCAAGCGUUGCCUUCACUGCGCAUUACUUUUUGUUUAUUUCCUGAAAGUACAGUCGUUGCUAGCUUUCGAGCUGGCGUUAUAGCGAUGCAGUUAUGGAAUAAAACCAUACAACCAAAGACAAAUAAUGACUUAAUUUAAUCUUCUAAGUCAUUAUUUGUCUUAUGUCAGAGCGCCGUUUAAGGCUUUAAAUCAGGGUAGUCCACACUGAGCAGUAACGGUGAGGAGCUAACGGUCGUAGCUGGCUAACGUUAGCAAUAACUUCGAUUUUCUCGAUCAGCAGUCAUGAUGGCGUCAAGUUACAACGCCAAAGACGAGGAUGGACAUAUUACCGUGUCCGGGCCUGGUGGCGGGGCUCUGCGGAGCAAGAAGCCCGAAAACACCGCGUUCAAGCAGCAGAGACUCCCCGCUUGGCAGCCCAUCCUCACCGCAGGCACCGUCCUCCCUGCCUUCUUCAUCAUCGGACUCAUCUUUAUCCCCAUCGGUAUCGGCCUGUACGUGACAUCCAACAACAUCAAGGAGUUCGAGGUAAUGUUUACAGAGGCAAAAAUACCCCUGAGCACAAUUGACAUCUAUUAUUCUUUAUAGAGACACAGCAUCAUGAGUAUCUUUCCAAUAGACUCGUCUUAAGGCCACUUCAGUCGAAUUCCCCUUUAAAAAAUAAGUGAUUUUUAUUUGGCUCUUUGAAGAUUUACUUUCACCACGGCUACACAAAAACUUUUAACAUUUUAACUGACACAUUAGGUACCGCAGGUAAAAUCGGCCCUUACGUGGCAGUAGUUCAGCCCUUGUUAUAAUAAUAAAUCUGUCAAAACAGGAGAUUGCUUGCUGAAGAUGAUGGGUAACAAAACAGUAGGCUAUACAUUUUGUCAAUAAUACAUAGUAAGUCAAAGAUGACCUAAAGACUGUUGAUGUUAUAUGUGUGAAACAUGAUCUGUGAUAAGUAUAUUUUGACAAUUGAUUACAUGUAGCAUUUACACUGUAGAUAGUUUACAAGGACAGGAUAUAUUAUUAAUUCAUAUUUAGACAUGAAAAAGUCUUCUUCUGCUGACUAAUGAUGGUCAAAUGCAUGAACAAGAGUAGUUAAAUAAUAAAGUGAUAGUAGUUAAAUAAGAAUAAGAACUUUAGUGAUCCCCAAAGGGAAAUCCAAUUGUCUGUCAUCUCAUUUGUCAUGUCUCUAAAAGUCAACUACUAUUUACAGAUUGAAGGUAAGCCCCCAACCCUAAAUCCGUAAUUAUCAAGACUAAAAAUGUUUGCCUGUUUGUUCAGAUUGAUUACACAGGAGUGGACAUGUCCAGCCCCUGCUUCAACUGCUCACAGAACUACAGCUGGAACAGCACCAAGCCCUGUACCUGCACCAUACCCUUCUAUCUGGAGCAGCCCUACGAAGUGAGUAAACUCAGAGAACUUUUGAUACUGUGACUCUAAAAAAGUAUUGAUAUCUAACCUUUAUUUGAACCAACAGGGGAACGUCUACAUGUACUACGGCCUUUCAAACUUCUACCAAAACCACCGCCGCUAUGUCAAAUCUAGAGAUGACAGUCAGCUUCAUGGAGACAUGGACUCCCUGCUGGUAAAAAUAACCUCCAGUCACACGGCAGAGGAAUAUGUAUGUCAGACGUAGACUCGUUUGUAAAAAUUUGACUAUUACUCUACCUUCUUACGUGAUUCACUAAAAUAUAGCCUCUAUUUAUUUCAUUUUGGUGUCUAGGCUUCCUCAAAUCGGUUUGGACAACAUUCAUAACAACAGACUGGUUUGAGCUGCAGUAUGAACACAGAUUCAGACUCAUUUUUCUCGUCUUCCUCAGAAACCCAGUAAGGAGUGUGAGCCGUAUGCAAUGCACGACAACAAGCCGAUCGCACCAUGUGGAGCCAUCGCCAACAGCAUGUUCAACGGUGAGACAGUUUUUCCUCCUUGGGUGAUUAUCAGUAUAGUUUGGAAAUAUGUUUUUCUUACUAUCUUGUUCUUCUUAUUCGACAGACACACUGGAACUUUUUUACAACGAUCCCAACGGCACAAAGGUCCAGAUUUCUCUAGCGAACACGGGCAUCGCCUGGUUUACCGACAAGUACGUGAAGUUUAAGAACCCCGGAGGAGACAAUGCAAACCUCACCGCUGUUUUCCAAGGUAGAAGAAGCUUUUUUUUGUUCUUACUGUAAUUUUUUUAUACCUGAACAUGUUAAUGAAGAGAAGAAGAGCUUUUUUAGAAUGAGUCUGAGUGGAACUUCUCAGAUUUUGUUAUUGUCAUGAAACCCAAAGUCCAAAUCCAUCAUGUGCUGAAACAUAAGUGCAAAUCUGCAGCAAGUCAAGCUCUUUUUCCUCCUGACUGAUCAUCAAAAGCUGCAUUUCUCAGGAAUUUUAGGAAAUUACUCAUGACGUAACAAAAUAAAACUCUCACAGUGAGAUAUUUUUGAAAAUUGUAAAAGAAGCCUUUGUUUGUGCUGCUGCAGGUCUUAUCCUUUGUCAGUAACUUGCAGUCCAAAAUGCAUUAAAAUCUUUGGGGCAAGUUGGAGAUUUUAAACUAAUUAGAAUUGUUUCUAUUUUCUAUUUCUAUUUCAGGGACAACAAAGCCGGUGAACUGGCGCAAACCUGUGUACGAGCUGGAUAAGAACGCUUCCAACAACGGUUUCAUCAAUGAGGACUUCAUUGUGUGGAUGAGAACGGCCGCCCUGCCCACUUUCCGCAAACUCUAUCGCACCAUCAAGGACUCCAAGAUGGUUCCAACUCUGCCCAGAGGAAACUACACUCUGGAGGUGGUCUACAGUAUCCUUAAAGUGAAAACAUGAGAGGAUGAAGCCGAACAAACUGCUUUACAGACAUGACAUUUAAAAAUGUUUUAAACGUGAACUGUAGGGGUGUUACAGUGGUUUUAGAAUCUCAUAAGACAGUUGUAAAUCUGAUACAGGAAGGUUCAAAGUGAUGAGAUGAAAAUUGAACGGUAUUACCCUUUUUUAAACAACAGAGGGCGCUUCUGCUACAAUACAAAGAUUUAACUUUGCAUUCAACAAACAUUUGAACCUUUUCUGUUUUCAGUUCUAUCUUUAACCAGUUGAAUCCAGACUAUCCCGUUCGCAGCUUUGAGGGCAGGAAGCGGAUGAUCCUGAGCACCAUCUCCUGGAUGGGGGGGAAGAACCCAUUCCUCGGCAUCGCCUACAUCACUGUGGGCUCGGUCUGCUUCUUCCUGGGUGUCAUUCUGCUCGUCAUCCACCACAAAUGUGGAAACCGCAACAACAGCACCGACAUUUCUAAUUGAGACGCCGGCUCCUCUCCAGCUCAGAAAGAGAGACAAACAGGCCAGACAGGAAGAUAAAUUUAAACAUAUAAAAUCUUAGUAAGUUCUUUAAAGUCCCACUCUGAUUGUUUUGUUGUUGUUGUUUUUUUACUAUUUACAGUGUAUUGUUACAGUGGAUUAUGAAGUUUUUAGUCUAAAUCAUUUUGUCAUUUUUAAGGGCUUUUCUUCUGCAGAGCUCCAGCACCUCAUUAGCAAUUUGCCUCUGAGUCGUGGGCGGAGACAGCGCUACUCCUUUUAUCACUAGCUUGCAGCCUAACAUUGCUGGUGCAGCAGAAGUGGCAGGUAACAUAGGAGCUAUUCAGCUCUCGAACGCUAAUGUCUUUGAGGACAUGCAUUGCAACCCUCUAAGCAGGGCACUGGGGGUGGAGCAUGGAGCACUUGUGAUGUAGAAAAUUCUACUGUGUCUGAACCUGCUGUUUGGGUCGGUGAGAGGUUCACAGUGAUUUGAAUGCAAAAAUAUCCAGAAAUGCAAUUUUGCACUUAGUUUUCUUCAUGAUAUGUCCUCCAGCAUUAAAAAAUGCCAUAUGAAUAUGUAGACAUACAGGAUUUCUAUCGGAGUGGGUCUUUAAAGAGUCAAACUUCUUCAGGGGUAUGGUAGUGGUUGUUAUAUUUGCCAAAGUGAACAGAAAGCCAAAAAUUUAGCCAAAAAUUUGCAGCCACUUUUGAUAGAUCUUCUCUUGAUAUGUCACAGGAACAACUGCCUCUAAACACAAAUGUUAGUUGGUUUCAAUAGAUCCUUCAAAAUCUAAUAAUAUAGAUUCUAAACCUUCUUGGAUCUCUAAACCUGUGUUAGGUGUAGUUUGGUUGAGCUGGAGCAAUCUUGAGCUGCAUGCUGGAGAUGUUAAUGUGAUUAUCGAGCUGCUGGCUCGUCUUUGUGCCUCGUUUCGUCUGCAACAUCAGCCAACUUUCAAACUAAAAUAAUGCUUUCACUGUGAUGUACCUGUCUGUAAAUAACACAAAAUAUUUGGGAGUGGGGAGCUGUGAUAUGAAAUCUUUAUUUUCUUCAUAUUUAUUGAAGAGUUCUGAGAAAUCUUUGUGAGGGAAAGCUGAUAUUUGCACAUUAGGGCUCUGGGUUUUGGGGGUUUUAAAAGUUUCUGUCUUAGUCUGAGGAACUGUACAUGCCAGCGUGUUUAAAUGUGAUGCAGAAAAUGCACUGUUACCCAAUGUUCCUGUUUCAUUCAUUGUCAUUCACAUGCAAUAAUAAAACAAACAACACAGCAUGAAAAAAUAGUGACACAGUUUGACGAAAUACAUGUGACUAAAGGUGUUGCACAUCGUUUACACAGCUUAAAUCUUAACUAACGCACACACACACUCACACAAUUCCUGCCACUAACUUCAAACACUCUCUGAGAGUUCAAAUGAGCUAAAACAUCUUCAAAUAUAAGAUGCAUGUUAAAUGUGCUGUGUUAAAGUGUUUGUCCUGUUUUAUGACAUGUCAACAAGCUGAACUGUUUACUGCAAAUUUUAAGAAGCACUGGACCUGACUUUUCUUUUGUUGCUGUUGCUUUAAAGAAUAAAUUUUUGAUUUAAAACAGAACAA